CAAAACAAACCUUGAAGGUCUCGACUAUGGAUGUAUUUAGAAGGUCGUGUCGAAUAAUUGUUGAUAAAACGAAGAGACUUUCAACGAGCCUACCUUCAGUAAAUCCGAGACUUUGCCAUUCAGUAAGCCAGAUAGGGGAGCCCAAAGAUGAAGGUAGCAGGCUUUCAGGCGAGAAGAAAGCUCCCAGAAUACUGCGAGCUGGCCAGCCACUCCCACACACACACCCUCAUUUGGUGCAGCCUGGAGAGAUUACAUUUGGUAUCACAAGAGCAGAAUAUGCUGAACGGCGCCACAGAUUGAUGGAACGUUUGGGGCAGAGAGAAGGCAAACACCAUGUCGUCAUUUUGCCUGCAACUCCAAGGCGUUACAUGAUCGACAAAAUCCCUUAUCUCUAUAGACAAGAUACAGAUAUGCUCUACAUGAGUGGCUGCUUGGAAGCUGAUUGUGUUUUAGUUCUGCAUUCUCUUCCCGGAAGGAAACUUCCAACUCACAAGGCUAUCAUGUUCACUCCAAGACAUGAUCCAUCUCAAGAACUGUGGGAUGGCCCUCGCACAGGCCCAGCAGCUGCAUCAGAUGUCUGGGGUGUUGAUAUGGGGCUCCCAUUAUCAGAAUUGACACGCUACCUCGGCCACCUAGAGUCUGAUCUCAGCUCCCCUACUCUUUGGUAUCACAAUCACUCUCCACCCAAUCCGGAGAUCCACCGUAUGAUCCAGAGUUGGGUCAUGGGGGGUCGACAGGGUGGGCUAGAGUCCCCUAAAUCCCACCUUCAUGCACUAAGAGUCAUAAAGUCACCAGCAGAAAUAGAACUGAUGAGGCACACAUGCAGAAUAAGUGGGGAAUCCUUGGCAGCAACAAUGAGAGCUACAAGAGCACCAGUCAUGGAACAUCAACUCUUUGCAACAGUGGACUACCAGUGUAGGAUGCGUGGUGGAGACUACUUAGCAUAUCCUCCUGUUGUGGCAGGGGGUCAGAGAGCAAACAUCAUUCAUUAUAUCAACAACAAUCAAAUUGUUAAUCCAGGAGAGAUGGUGCUUAUGGAUGCAGGAAGUGAAUUUAGAGGAUAUAGUGGGGACGUGACACGCACUUGGCCUGUUAGUGGAGAAUUCACACCUGCCCAGAGAGAUGUGUAUGAGGCAGUAUUGGAGGUGCAACAGGAUGUCAUUGCAGCAUGUGCCAAUCGACCCACAUUAGACCAACUUUUCUCCAUCAUGUGUGCCAAGCUUGGUGCUGUCCUCAAGGAACUAUGCAUCCUCCCCACCAGUUUCUCUGACGGACAAUUGAUGCGGGCUGCCUAUGGUUUCUGCCCACACCAUGUCAGUCAUUAUCUAGGCAUGGAUGUCCAUGACACACCAACAGUGCCAAGGAAUAACCAUUUGAAGCCUGGUUGUAUCGUCACAGUUGAGCCAGGGAUAUAUAUCAGUGAAAAUAAUAAUAAUGUACCAUCAAGGUAUUUAGGAAUUGGAGUGCGAUUGGAGGAUGACCUACUCAUUACAGAAGAUGGUGUGGAGGUUCUCAGUAGCUCCUGCCCAAAGCAUCCUGAUGAAAUAGAGGCAAUUGUGGGAGCAGAUUAUAAAUGAUUCUUUAUUUAAGAUAGCAAUAAUAGUGUCAGCAUGUAACCUCUUUGGUGAGUUUGAUACUGUUUGUUUCUCUUCAUCAUUGUGUUUUAGCUAGUCAUGAUAUAGCACUGUUCCUAUGGGAGGACUCUGCCUGCUUGGCUUCCUCCUUCAAUUUGCAGAAGAAAAUUUAAAUGAGAAUAAAUGAUUAUACCAUGCGCAAUAUGUAAUGUCUCAAUAUUACAUCUAAACUGGAAUUAUAGAUGUGAUAUAGGAAUGUCUGUUUUGCUAAGUGUAGUUACUUAUUCCCAUUCAUGCAUUUGCCACAAUAUCUUUUUUUUUUUCAUUUUGCUGUGUUAUAGAAAUGGUACUUUGUGGCAGACUAUUUGGUGUCCAAAU